AUGUUGACGCGACUUGGAGCAACUUGCGCCGAAUGGAAGCUUCUAUCGGAGGACGAGAAGAGACCGUUCAUAGACGAGGCGAAGCGACUGCGGGCGAUGCACAUGAAGGAGCACCCAGACUACAAGUACAGGCCGCGACGGAAGCCCAAGACCCUCAGGAAGGAGGGAUACCCGUACUCCAUACCGUACCCCAGCGUGCCAAUGGACGCCCUCAGAGCCGGUGGCAACGGAGCCAUGGGCGCCCCUGACAGCGAUAACGUUGCAGCUGAGUUACCAAAAUUCCGGAAACGAAUAGGAAAUGGGGAGAAGAUUCAUAAU